AUGGCGCACCCAUCAAUGACCCACACUGUAAUCGACAGCUUCGGCAAUUUCUACGAGUCCUGGCUCGCCAAUCAGCAAUCCUUCCUCCAUCACCUCCUCCAAUCCUCCGACGCCGGAACAGAGGACAAGAAACUGCGUUUGAUCAAUCAAGUUCUGGCCCAUUACCGGCGGUACCACGACGAGAUUUCAAAGGCCGCCGGAGAAGACGUGUUCCGCGUCUUCUCCGCCCCCUGGCUCACCCCUUACGAGAGGACUCUGCUUUGGAUUUGCGGCUUCCGGCCUUCCAUCGCCUUCCGCCUGGCGGAGGGCGCGGUGAGGGACCUGACGCCGGAGCAGGGGGCGGCGCUGGAGGAGCUCAAGGCGGACGUCAGGCGGAGGGAGAGGGAUUUGACGGAGGCGAUGGCCAGCCUGCAGGAGACGGUGGCGGCGCCGCCGAUUGUGGGGCUGGCGCGGCGGGCGGGGCGGCUGGUCGACGGGGAGAUUUGCGAGAUGGAGAGCGCCAUGGAGGAGCUGAAGGUGGCGAUGGUGGGGGUUCUCGACGGGGCCGAUGGGCUCCGUGGGUCCACGAUGAGGAAAGUGAUGGAGAUUCUGAAUUCCGAUCAGACGGUGAAGCUUUUAGCGGCGGCGACGGAGUUUCAGCUGCGUAUCAGAAGGUGGGGGCUGAACAGGGAUUUGCAGAGGACAAUUAAUGGAGUCCAAGUCCAAUUCCACCAGAUGGGUUUCCAGAAUUAG